AUGGCUGCGCUUUGGGGAAACGGUGGACAGCCGGGUCAAUUUCCACUGGAACAAUGGUUCUAUGAGAUGCCUCCUUGUACGAGAUGGUGGACCACCGCUACAGUCGCAACGUCUGUUCUUGUACAAUGUCACGUUUUGACGCCUUUCCAGCUCUUCUAUAGCUUUAGGGCGGUGUUUGUCAAGGCACAGUACUGGCGCCUACUUUCAAAUUUCCUUUAUUUCGGCCCGUUGAAUUUAGACCUCUUGUUCCACGUUUUCUUUCUCCAGCGGUAUUCCCGGCUCCUAGAGGAAUCAUCGGGUCACUCAUCUGCGGACUUCUCGUGGCUCCUUUUAUACGCUUCCUCCAGUCUCCUUAUCCUGUCACCUUUCCUCUCCGUUCCAUUCCUGGGACCCGCACUAUCCUCGAGUCUGGUUUACAUCUGGGGCCGGCGAAACCCAGACACAAGGCUUAGUUUCUUCGGUGUCCUGGUUUUUACAGCGCCAUAUCUACCUUGGGUUUUGAUGGCGUUUAGUCUUAUUGUACACGGAACUAUUCCAAAAGAUGAGAUAUGUGGCGUUAUCGUUGGCCACAUUUGGUUCUUCUUCACCGAUGUCUAUCCUCCUCUACAUGGUGGCCAGAGGCCGCUUGACCCUCCAAGAUGGUGGAGGCGAUUAUUUGAAGGGAGAAGAAGUGGUGGUGCGCAAGAGAACGGAGGAACCGACACUCGAAAUAUCAACAAUGAAUUCGCCGCAGCGGCGGCGCCGGAGGUUAGAUAG